AUGGGCCGGUUCGGACACGAAUUCCUCGAGUUCGAUUUUCGGGUUGUUGGCGACGGACGAAGCGCGGUGGCGCGUUACGCGAACAACUCCAACUACCGAAACGACAGCCUCAUUCGGAAAGAAAUGAGCGUCAGCUCCGUUGUCGUUGACGAGAUCAAGCGUAUCAUCAAGUCGAGCGAAAUCAUCAAGGAAGAUGAUUCGAAGUGGCCACAGAAGAACAAAGAUGGCCGUCAAGAGUUGGAAAUCAGGCUGGGAAAUGAUCACAUUUCAUUCGAGACUGCCAAGAUAGGCUCGCUGGUUGAUGUGACAGAAUCAGCUGACCCCGAAGGUCUCCGUGUUUUCUAUUACCUGGUGCAGGACCUCAAGGCCCUUGUGUUUAGUUUGAUCGCGCUGCACUUCAAGAUUAAGCCCAUAUAA